AUGUCAUAUAAAUCUGACACUUCCUUCUUCCUCCCAUUCCUCUCUUCCCAGUCUAGUAGUAGUAGUAGUAGUAGUAGUAGUAGUAGUAGUAGUAGUAGUAGUAGUAGUAGUAGUAGUAGUAGUAGUAGUAGUAGUAGUAGUAGUAGUAGUAGUACCAUCUUCUCUCGUGACGCUCGCCCCAUUGUGGAGUUUGCAAUUGAGAAUGUCUCGAUAGUGAAGCAGCAGCAGCACACGGUGAGGCAGCAGAGCGACAGGCGACAGGUAGUGCGGCAGCAGCAGAAGCAGAAUGAAGCUGGGGCCACUGGUUUGGGGAAAGCAAGGGGUGCAAAGAGAAAGCCUGAGGAGGGCGAGGCACUUGCUGUUGGUGAUGCUGAGGGCUCUCCAGCAAAGAAGAAGCAGAAGCAGGUGAAUGGAGGGAAGGGGCAAGGUCAGCAAGAAAAGCGGCAGGGGGAGCAGCAAGAGAGGCACGGGAAAGGACCUGGGAAGGACGUGAAGGGGCAUGCGGGUGCAGAGGUGCAAGCAGGCGCUGCAGCAGAGCAGCAGAGUGUUGGUGUGAAGGCACCGGGUGGAGUAGAAUGGGGAGGGGUGAGAGGCAGUGGGAAGGCCGAGUUAAAGAGGAAGCAGAAGGGUGCAGCAGGGAGUGCUGGUGUGUCCCCUGCUGCUGCAGUGAAACCUGUUGCUGCCUCUCCUGCGGCUGCUAUGAAGGCUGCUGCAGCUGCCGUGACUCUUGGUGCUAAAAAUCCAAAGACAGACCCAUAG